GGGUCGUGGAGCUUUUGAUGAUAGUUGAUUCUUUUUAAUUUCAAUUUUAGAUACAGUAGGAGCCUACGCAGGCGCAGUAGCAGCCAUUGCAGGCUCAGCGGUGGGAGCGAUUUCAGGCAUAUGCGCAGUAGGAGCCAUUGCAUGCCAGAAGACCAGCAUCAUUGGAGGAUUACCCUCCCCCUCCGUGUACAUGGAGUGCAUUAGCCGUCUUCUUGGUGCUUUUGACGACUCAGUGGAGAAAACCGGGUGUGCCGUCCAUAAAUCGCUGGAGUACGCCAAGUUAGACUUGGCUUCUGUAGUCAAGAUAGCUGAAAACACGGACGGCUUGAACCCAACGUACAGCGACGGUGUAGCUGAGCUCACGGAGAGGGUGUCGCUAGCUUCAAAGAGAGAUUAUGUUAGUGGUGUGGCCCUCGGUGUCAUGGUCAAGCAUUUUAUGGAAGCAUUCAAUGAUCCGAAGCCAUUGCCAGAGUUUACAGAGGACACAGACCUAACUAAGAGGAACAAAAGCUCGAAUGAAGAGUCAACCGUUACAUGUGUGGAUGAGGUCAAUGGUCCCAAGGCCAUCGCCUGGGACAACACAUCGAGGAACGCAGGGCGUCUGGUGCACUGCAGGGCUAUUGAGGGGGUAGACAAGGAGCUUUACCAGCAAAUACAGGUUGAAAUACUAUAUAUGAAAAAUGGUCUUUUCCUUACCAGCAGGCAAUUAUCAAUCUGUUGUAAGGGGACAUCUUGGAGCUAUUGA